GUUAUUUCCUUCACUGAGGAUCCUUGAGCUUCCAUUGCCAUAAAGUAACUCAAGUCUGAAGAGUUCAGUUCAGUUCAUUUCUUCUAGCUAGCUAGCUACCAGCAUAUAGCUAAAGAGAAAACGUAAAGAUGCCUCGCCACCAUGGUCGUGUAUUGGGAGCUUCCAUGGCAGGAAUUUUGAACUCUGAUGCGCAAGACGAUGAGGAAGCCAAGCGACGAGUGCUGCGUACUUUUGGUUCUGUCUUGGGUCUCUUAUUUCUGUUGGACAUUGGUUGUGCUUUCUCGGUUCUUUGGAUUGCGUGUGCUUCUUCGGAUGAUGGUGGAGACAGUGUGGGUCAUUGUGUCUCCCACGCCGUGGGCCGUGGAUUCCGCACGUUUCAUCCCAUGGCCAACAAUGACGGCAAAGACACUCUUGGAGAUCUUUUCGCAUUGGCCAUUCUACGUUGUCUGGGAGCUACCGUCUUGUUGGUGCUGGGAGUCAAGUAUGCAAGUCCACCAAAGCCUAUGUCCAAUACCACUGAAGAUACUGCAGGUACUGAAGAUUCCCUGACUGAACCCCUCCUGAAUACACAAGCCAGUUCUGCAUCUACAUCUGAUGAUGAUGAUCCUGCUGCUGGUGGAGCUGAACCUCAGUCUCAAGAAGCUGCCUCUCAACCCCAUGACCCUCAAACUCGUGUUCAAGCUCAAGCUCAGGAAGGACAACCCAACAACAAUUGCUUUUCUUCUCUCUUGACAUUGUUUGGCAUUCACCAGCAGCGUCUGACCCCCACCCUCAUCAAGACUUUGGUUCUCGGCAUUUUGUUCGUGGUUUCCUCCUUUUAUCAAGUUUACGCCGGACUCAAAGUCUCCACACUCGAUCAUCCCGCCACAGAAUCCAUCAUUCCUCUCCUUUGCUUGACCGUCUUUUGGAUCAACGCACAAGCCUACGUAUUUCGCACGCUACUACUAGAAAUGACCAGAGAGGAGGGACUCUACCUUCCACCCGAAGUACACCGUCAUCCCAUGUACUUUGAAAAUAGUAGAAAUGUAUCCAUUCAUUGGUGUGAUCUAUGUCACAGACCUAUUGGAGGAAGAAACAAUAAUACUAGUAACAACAAUCCACAAAACAACAACAACAAUGCUUGCUACCGAUGCGCCUUGUGCGAUUUUGAUGUUUGUCUCGCAUGUGCCAAGCGAAAUGAUGCCGCAACCGUCGGAGAGAAUGUAUUGCGUGGAGAUCGGGGUGUACGAGUCGAAGAGGCUCUCACCACCACGGGUUAUGUCCAACGAUCCAUGGAAAUUGCCAAGGCCGAAUUGCCCCUGCUGCUCCUCUCGUUUAUUCUCUUGGGUGCCACCAGUGUGUCGCGACUCUUGCUACCCCAUUUUCAGGGACACAUUAUUGACAAGGUCAUUCCCGAUCCCAACACGGGCCAAUACGACAAGGAUGGGUUUCUUCAUUUCAUCCGAAUUUACAUUGCCAUUAUGGUCACACAGGGAGCCGUCUCGACAUUCUACAGGGCUAUUCUCACACUGGUCAGUCGAAGACUCAAAUUCACACUACGAAAUGCUCUUUUCGAAAAAAUUCUCAUUCAAGAUGUCGCGUACUUUGAUGGAACCGAAAGUGGAAGACUCAUUUCACGUUUGACCAAUGAAUUGGAUCUCAUGAUGGCACCCAUACAAUCGUCGCUUUCCAGUCUACUCGGCAAUAUACUCCUACUCUUUGGUGGACUCGUCAUGUGCUUUGCCAAAUCCUACCGACUCUCUAUGAUUAGUUUCGUCACCAUUGGACCCAUUUCGGCACUCUGGGAAUCUUAUGCCUUUUGGAGUCGAGGAUUGGCACGAGAAAUGAUCUCCUACUGGGCCGAAGGAAAUUCCAUUGCCGCUCAGGCGUUAUCUCAUGUCCGAACGAUAAAGGCAUUUGGAUGCGAACACCAAGUUCUGCAAAAGUACUCUGAUACCAAUCGACAGGCGCUCAAUUGUGGAGUCAAGGACGCUUGGGGCAACGCCGUCACGACGGCAUUGACGGGAUACCUCGACUUGGGAUCCGGGGUCCUCAUUCUCUACUUUGGUGGGUUGCUGGUCUACCGUGGUGAACUCACUGUCGGAGAGCUGGUCACCUUUCAGCUAUUCUGGAACAUGAUGAACGAUGCCUUUCAAAGUCUGCAGGGACUCAUCACAACCUUUACUCGAAGUGCCGCAGGGGCCGAGAAGGUCUUUUCCAUGUGGGACUCUCAUCCCGAUAUCGAUCCUCAAAAGGGAACCAGUAUCCAUUGGAAGGUGGAUGGACACAUGCAACUCAAGGACGUCACCUUUUACUACCAAAUGAGACCAGACAAUAUUGUUUUGAACAAGUUCAAUCUCGACAUUCCUGCUGGGAAAACGUUGGCUCUAGUCGGCCGAAGCGGCGGAGGCAAGUCCACUAUUAUCAAUCUACUCCUUCGAUUCUAUGAUCCUCGAGGAGGAAAGCUCGUGUUGGAUGGACGAGACUACGAAUCCAUCAAGGUUCAUGAACUACGUCGACUCUUUGGCGUAGUCACGCAGGAAACCGAGCUCUUUGCCUUGACGGUGGAAGAAAACAUUGCCUAUGGACUUGACAAGGACGAGUAUACCAUGGAGGAUAUCAUUACGGCCGCCAAGAAGGCCUACGCCCACGACUUUAUCAUUGAAAUGAAGGACGGAUAUCAGACCCGGAUUGGGGAACGUGGCAACCGACUUAGUGGUGGACAACGGCAACGAUUGGCCAUUGCGAGAGUCUUUCUUCGCAAGCCUAAGAUCAUCUUGCUCGAUGAAGCCACCUCGGCGCUCGAUGAAAACAGUCAGGAAGCAGUCCAGCAAGCUCUCGCCAAUUUGAUUGCUGAAAGUCAGGCUACAGUGGUGCUCGUGGCUCAUCGCUUGUCAACGGUGGUAAAUGCCGACUCGAUCUGUGUCAUUGACAAGGGCACAGUGCUAGAGCAAGGCAACCACGAAGAACUAGUGGCCAAGGGAGGUGUCUAUGCUUCCAUGGUAGAGAAGCAACUCAAAAAGAAAGACGACAUGCUGGAUCAGGACAAGAAAGCACACGGAGACAAGGACAGCAAGGUUGCCGCAGAUGAUAUUGAUGCUCUGCUUGAUGGGAACUAGAGCCGAAAAUCAACAGAUUGAUGAUUAGAUAACAUGCUUGGUGAAGAAAGAAUCGAAUCGCCUCGUAUCACGGGCGGGCUGUUGAAAGUUUGAUAGUAGUAAUAAAGCAGUUUUUUAAAAUCAUAGAAUGCAUCAAAUAGAGUCCCCGGAAGCGUUGAUCUGUCUUGGCGGUGGAGUUGCUUGUCGAAACUUGGAGCGCCGCAGAGAGAAGGCAUGCACUCGUGGACCCAAUGGGUUUGUCUUUGCCAAACUAGUGAUAAAACCUAUACUAGUAUGUAUAUCGUUGUAUGUAUUCUUAUCCACUACCGGUAGGGUAUUAUGGAUCCAGAUGAUGAACCAGGAACCUGGUUCCCAAUUCUAGUUCUUCCUUGAGUUCGUAUACAUCGCAGUCUUCAUUGGCGGCGUAAAUGACCAUUUGUCCAAUAUUUUUGAACUCUGCGUCUCUUUCUUUCAACUGCAUGUUUGCGUACAUGACCGAUGGAAGUAAGCUGUUUCCAAUAUUGUCAUCAAAGUCUUUUUUGGUUUGAAUGGUGGAAGGUAGAAAGGGCUGUAGACUCUUGAACAGUGCAUGCCUACAAACUUCAUUUGUUUCUAAAAGUGUACAAAGUUUUUGCAGAACAUCUUCCUUGUUGAUUCCCGGACGUCCUUCGAUUGAUUUUCAAAUCUUUUUGAGGGACUCCUUGGUGGCCUUUGGUAGAGAGUGCUGCAAGCAGAGAGCGAGAAAGUCUACCAUAUCGGCAAAUCCCCACUCGGGCACGAGUUCUAGAGCGAGUCUGUCUACGGCAUCAAUUCCUCGUGGCACUCCCAAGAAAUCGAACCAGGGGAGAAUCUUCCAGACGUUGGCUUUUGUGAGUUUUGCCGUUGCAAAGGGUAGCGUAAGUGCUUUGACCAACGUCCAUUCUUCGGGAUCACUCAAGUGGGAAGGCAACUCGAGACGUCGCGUACUCGACUCCUUGUAUCCUCCUUGCAAGGCAGCAUUGAAAUAGUCACUCCAAGACGAAAGACUGCGACUUUCUUCAGCAAACUCUUGGUUUCCCACAACCACAAUCACGUCCGAACGAAUGCUUACAUUUACGCGACGCCGCUUAUUGCUUGCAGCUUGAAUUUCAGCUACUAGUAGAUCAUGGUCACAUUCGGAAUCUUCCGAAUCACUCACGUCUUCCACGUCAUCUUCAUCUUCAUCUUCAUCAUGAACUCUACUAGUACCAUUACUGACACUCAUCCUGAUUGAUUCUUCAACUAUAGCUAGAUCUACAUGUACAAACAACGCAACGCAACGGUAGAAACAUCAGAGCGACUGAGGGUCACUCGGGUGCUCGAAUGUCAUGGUCGCCGAGUUGGGAAAGCAGUCUCGCCAACCAACCAGUGCACUACAUGUAGUGAGAAAGGAACUUUUGUUAGGGUUACGGAUUGCUUUAGCCAGCAAGCUGCGUAAAUCCGUACAAUCGAAUGCUAAUAACCAUGCGUUCCUGAACUUCAAAAGACAAUUGAACACAAUGGCUAGCUAGCUACCAGUAGCUACCAGUAGCUAGAUACGACCGGUUGGUAGUUCUGGGAGGGAAACAGUGCAAGUGAUUGAUUGAUCAUUCAAUGGAAGUAUGAUACUGGUACUGUUGGGCAUGUACUGUUGGCCAAUGCAUGGUGGCUCCAAAUCAGCUGAUGGUGACUCCGCUUCACCUUACAUACCAAUCCACUUUGUGAUUAGUGCCUACGGUAGCUAGCUGGAGGUCGACUGUCCCGGAGAUAGCAACCGGUUUGCAGCCAAAUAAAGAUUACCCGCUCACGCUGGCUUCUAUCUGAGGUGCUUCAAUGACGUAUGUCUCAUCCUACGUUGACCAUCAGCCGACCUCCAUUUUUCUUGGAGGCACUGGUGGCUCGAUGAUCAUCACUUCAGUUGUUUCGUUCGUUGCUCGGGUUGCUCUGGUGCAUGGUGACGACAAGUGCGAGGGUUUACUUCCCUUUCGCCUCAUACGACUGUACCGGUAUCGUACGGUAAGGUACAUGUAGACUAGAGACUUGUGCCACCAUUUAGUACAUACGCCACGGCACAGUUGGCUGCUUUCGUUGCCCUAUUGGUGAACAGAACAGCACUAGCAAAUGCCUUUUUCUUUUUCGGUGGUGCGGGGCCUUCGCCGUAGUACUCCUGAGGGAGGAUCACAUCGGGUUGGUGCCAAUCCACUAUUCAUUUGCUGGGCAUUCUUCCUCCUUUUCUUCUUUUCCUUCCUUUGGUUUGCUUGGUCGCUCGUUCUUUCUUUGUUUUGUUUGCUUGGUGACAGACAUCGUUGUUUUGUUUGCAUUGGUCAUCUCUGUCGUUUGCUUCCUAGCAACGGGCGUUAUUGUUGGGUCUAUCCAUUGUUUUGUUUGUACAUGGUUCCAGUGCUGUUUAAUUUCAUGUCCCGCACAAAAUGUUCAUGCAACUCUGGUCCGUUGUGAGCUUCCUUGUUGGUUCAGUUUUUAAAAUUCGUCUUGUUGGCUGGUUACAAGUACUUGUCAGAAUUGCCAUUUUGCUGGUCGGACUAUGGUCAUCACGUCUUUCCCAUGAACCCAUCCAGCCACGGUAGCUAACCUUAGCAAACUAACUAACUAACUAACUAACUAACUAA